ACGAACCAGCUUUUUAUGUUCAAUAAAUAGUUUUGCUAUUAGAUAUGGUUGAUACAUACCGGUCACCGAGCUUGAUGCAGCUGCAACUACGUUACAACGGUGUACAAGAGUUACAUGACCAGAAGCUCGGUGAUUCAGCAGAUUGUGCUGUCGUUGUUAAGGAGCUCUGGUGGAAGACUCCGGAGGGUGAUGCUCUGGAUUUGAGCUUUGUGUCAUUUGUUUUGAAGAAGAGAACAUGAGACGCUGUUUUGAAAUGGGCGCGAGCUAGAAAACGAGCUGCUAAGGACUGUCUUUGUUAUGAAAAACCAACGUGGGUCUCACUCAUUAGGUUUGGAAAGGCUCAGAAAUUAGCUCUUCAGCAUUGGCUUCAACAUUGGCUUCAGCAUUGGCUUGAUCAAGUUCAAGAGCCAAAUAAACCCUAUUUUGAUCA